CAAAAAUUGUGAUAAUGGUAUUGAAGGAUACUCGUAUUACCGCUGAAAAUUCUGACGAGACUGCGGCAGUAACUGACAGUCCGAAAGUGGGCGUACGACAUUUGCAAAGUAUGCUGAUAUUCUCCGGUUUCUGUGUAGCGUUUAUGCAGCGAGCCAAUCUCUCAGUGGCCAUUGUGGCAAUGAUGGAUCGCAAUUCCACAAAUCCAGAUUUUCCGGAGUAUGAAUGGUCGGAGCAAACAAAGUCACUGCUACUGAGCAGCUUCUUUUGGGGUUACGCCCUCAUGCAGAUACCAGGCGGUCAGCUGGCGCAUCGUUUCGGCGGUAAAGUAAUGUAUCUCUACGGUGUCGGUAUUUCUGGAUUUCUCGCCUUGUUUACGCCCUUAAGCGCACAACUGGGUAAUUGGCAAUUCAUUUGCGCUAUACGAUUUCUGCAAGGCUUCUGUCAAGGUUCCCUAUAUCCUUCUACGCAUACGCUUUUGGCACAAUGGGCGCCACCAGCUGAACGCGGUAUACUUGCAACAAUUUGCUAUUCCGGCCCACAAUUUGGCACGAUCAUCAUAUUGAGUAUUAGUGGCACACUAGCUGCUUCAAAGUUUGGUUGGCCGAGCAUUUUCUAUGUUUCCGGCGGUUGUGGCAUUAUCUGGUGUUUGGUGUGGCUGCUGUGGAGCGCUGAUGCACCGCAUCAAUCCAAAUUAAUUACACCCAAGGAGCGAAAUUACAUCGAAUCAGAAUUAGCAGUGAUUUCUAAGCGUGACAAUAAUGCCACCUCAGCAAAGUUGCCCACACCUUGGUUAAGCAUACUCACAUCCUUGCCAUUUUGGGUGCUACUCCUUUGCAAUUGUGCCUACAAUUGGGGCUAUUGGACAAUGAUGACACAAAUACCCUCUUACAUAAAGAAUGUGUUCGACAAAGAUAUCCAGAGUAAUGCCUUGCUCUCCGCCCUGCCAUAUACCGCUAAUCUAGUAUUCGGUCUGUGUUUCUGUGCCCUCGGUCAGAUACUGCUGUCAAGGAAAGUGUUGAGCACAAACGCUAGCCGUAAGAUCUUCAACACGAUCGGCAUGUGGACACCGAUGACGGCCGCCAUUGCACUGGGGUUUGUCGACGCCGAUAAUGUUGAUUUGGCUGUUAUCUUACUAACUGUCGGUGUUGGUACCGACUCGGCAACAUUUUUAGGUUAUCUUUUGAAUCACAUGGAUUUAUCACCGAAUUUCGCCGGCGCUAUGAUGGGCAUUACAAACUGUGCAGCUAAUGUAAUGAGCAUUUUUGCACCGUUACUUGUUGGCGUCAUUGUGACAGAUACGACAAACCCAAAUCAGUGGCGUUUUAUUUUUUACAUUAUGGCUGGGUUCUAUUUUAUUGCCAACUUACUGUUUAUAACUUUGGGUAGCACUAAAUUGCAGCCGUGGAACGAGCCGGUGAAACGAGAUACAGAUCGUAAGCAUAUCAGAUUUCAGCAGUUGCUGCUGACCUGGUGUAUAUCUAAUCUAAUUUGUAUUUAAAUAGGUGUCCAACAAAACGGCGAUUGAUGAAAGUAUCUAUACUUUAGCUAGCAAAUAAGGGGAGCUGGAGCAUAAUGCUUGAGUUGAUGUAUUUUCAUUUUUUAUUUUGUAUUUUUGAUUUUUGUU